AUGAGUGCUUUUCAUUUCGCUAUAUAAAGUAAUGCCAGCCGUAGUUUUCGACAUCAGAAACCAUUUGUUCGCACUCCAAACAACACCUCACUAAAAUCCUACAAAAUGUGUUCCAAGAUCAUCGUUGUUCUUGCUCUUGUGGCUGCCGUCAGUGCUCAGUCUCACUACGGCCAUCAACAACAACACCAACCUCAGCACUAUCACCACGAAGAAGAGCAUCACGGACCAGUGCACUACGAGUAUCACUACGAUGUGCACGAUGACCACACUGGCGAUGUCCAUGGACAGAAGGAGGCCCGUAAGGACGACUCCACUCAGGGCGAGUACUAUCUGAUCGAUGCCGAUGGCCACAAGCGUACCGUCACGUACCACGUUGAGGGUAAGAGCGGAUUCAUCGCUCAGGUUCACCGGGAACCGAUCAAGGGAUACCAGGCGCCUCAGCCUCAGCACCACUACCAGCCGCAAUACCAACAUCAGGCUCCUGCUCACCAAAACUAUCACCACUAAACAUUCCUUACAUCAAUAAAAAAACACCUAGUUAAUUAUUCAA